ACAAAUCCAUUUUUCGCGCUCACCCUUCUUCUCUCAACUUCUCUCCCACUAUCUUCCUCUCAAAAUGUUGCAACAACCGCAACCACCACCUCUCCCCGCCGUUAGGGCACGUUGCGCCGGUUGCCGGACAUACUUUCACGCGGCGCAAGGUGUGACGGAGCUACCAUGUCCUAACUGUCAAAUGCCACACGUUUUCUCACUCGAUCCGGCCGCUAUUCGCUGUCCUGCUUGUAAGGCUCUCGUUAACUGUCCUAGUAAACUCGCGAAGUUCCCUUGUCCUCAGUGUCGCGUUGAACUUGAUGUUCAUGUUGAUGGUGAAGACGUCAAUGAGCUGCUUAAUGAGGUGGAGCAGGACGAAGAUGAUGGUGGUAUGGCUGGAGAAACAUUUACAGAUUAUCGGCCAGCAAAGCUAUCUAUCGGACCUCUACAUCCAGAUCCGAUUGUGGAAACAUCUUCAUUGUCUGCAGUGCAGCCACCUGAGCCUACUUAUGAUCCAAAGAUUAAGGAUGAGUUGCAAUGUUUGAAGACUUUGUCAUGCUUGCAGAUUGAAACUUUGGUCUAUGCUUGUCAGAGACACCUUCAACACAUUCAAGAUGGUGCUAGGGCAGGAUUCUUUAUCGGAGAUGGAGCGGGUGUAGGUAAAGGUCGAACAGUUGCUGGGCUAAUCUGGGAGAACUGGCACCAUGGGAGGAAGAAAGCCUUGUGGAUUUCUGUUGGUUCAGACUUGAAGUUUGAUGCCAGAAGAGAUUUGGAUGAUAUGGGUGCAAGUUGCAUUGAAGUGCAUGCUUUGAACAAGCUGCCUUAUACCAAGCUUGACACGAAGACUGUUGGAGUUAGGGAGGGAGUUAUUUUCUUGACAUACAGUAGCCUCAUAGCAUCAUCUGACAAAGGGCGUACCCGUAUGCAGCAGCUUGUGCAGUGGUGUGGAUCUAAGUUUGACGGUCUUAUAAUUUUUGAUGAGUGUCAUAAAGCAAAGAAUUUGGUUCCUGAAAAGGGUAAGAAGUCAACAAGAACCGGUGAAGCAGUACUUGAUAUCCAGGCUCAACUACCUGAAGCUCGUGUUGUUUAUUGCUCAGCUACUGGUGCAUCUGAACCUCGCAAUAUGGCUUAUAUGGUUCGACUUGGCCUUUGGGGAGUUGGCACUUUUUUCAGUGAUUUUGGUGAAUUUCAUGAUGCGCUUGAAAAAGGAGGUGUCGGAGCUCUAGAGCUAGUUGCAAUGGACAUGAAAGCAAGGGGCAUGUAUUUAUGCCGUACGCUUAGCUACAAGGGUGCUGAGUUUGAAGUUAUUGAAGCAACAUUAGACGAUAAAAUGACGAAUGCGUAUAAAACGGCUACAGAAGUUUGGGUGGAUUUGCGUCAGAAAUUGCUUUCUACCAUUUCCCUCCUACCUGAGAAACCUAAUACUAGACUACUAUGGAGAUUAUACUGGGCAACCCACCAGCGCUUCUUUAGACAUUUGUGUAUGUCUGCUAAAGUCCCAACUGCAGUGAGACUGGUGAAGCAAGCAUUAAGAGAAGACAAGUGUGUAGUGAUAGGUCUGCAGAGUACUGGUGAAGCAAGGACGGAGGAAGCUGUUUCAAAAUACGGUUCUGAACUUGAUGACUUUAUUUCUGGACCUCGUGAGUUAAUGCUAAAAUUUGUUGAAGAUUAUUACCCUUUGCCAAAAAAGCCUGAACUUCUCCCAGAUGAUGGUGUAAAGGAGCUUCAAAGGAAGAGGCACUUGGCAAGUCCUGAUGUUUCAGGAAAAUCUAGAGCCAGAAAAGUAGCCAAGUUGCUGCAUCCUAGUGAUGCUGACAGUGAUGAAGAAUCUGAAACUGCCUCUGUUCCUGAAUCUUCUGAUUCUGAUUACGGACCAGAAGGGGAUGAAAGUGAUGCAGCUGCCUCUGAUGUUGAAUCUUCCGACUCUGAUUAUGACGAGUUUCAGAAAUGUGAAAUUUGCAGUACUGAAGAGGAAAGGGAAAACUUGUUGCAGUGUUCUUGCUGUGGAAAAUACGCUCAUCAAUCAUGCUUGGUGCCCCCAAUUCGCGAUAUUAUUCUUAAGGAAUGGGCAUGUAAUUUGUGCAAGAAUAAAACUGUUGAAUAUCUGCCUCCUGGAACAAACAUAAUUGAACAGCAAAAGAGUUAUGAUAUAGCCGUAGAUGACAAGAAGAAAAUAUUAGAGAUGAUUCGUGCUUUGGAUCUUCCAAACAAUCCCUUGGAUGAUGUUAUUGACCAGUUAGGAGGCCAUGAAAAAGUUGCCGAAAUUACAGGAAGGAAAGGAAUGCUUGUGAGGGCCCCUAGUGGAAUGGGUGUGGUUUAUCAGACUCGAAAUACAAAAGAUGUCACUGCUGAGAUGGUCAACAUGAAUGAAAAAAUGCUCUUCAUGGAAGGUAAGAAGUUAGUGGCUAUCAUCUCUGAAGCUGGAUCAGCUGGCGUUUCGUUGCAGGCAGACAGAAGAGCGAGAAAUCAGAAAAGAAGGGUUCAUUUAACUCUAGAACUUCCAUGGAGUGCCGACCGAGCAAUUCAGCAGUUUGGAAGAACUCAUAGAUCAAAUCAAGUCUCAGCACCAGAAUACAGGUUACUAUUUACCAACCUUGGUGGAGAACGCCGGUUUGCAUCAGCUGUUGCCAAGAGACUAGAAUCCCUUGGAGCUUUGACUCAAGGGGAUCGUAGGGCUGGACCUUCAUUAAGUGCAUAUAAUUAUGAUAGUGCUUAUGGGAAGCGGGCUCUGAUGGUUUUGUAUAGAGGAAUAAUGGAGCUGGAUCCUCUUCCCGUUGUACCUCCAGGAUGCUUAUCUGACAGACCAGAUACAAUCAAAGGUUUUAUUAUGCAGGCAAAAGCUGCUAUUGCUUCUGUUGGAAUUUUUAAGGACGCCAGUCAUGGAGAUGAUAUAGAUCCUAGAUGGCUAUCUUGCCACAUUGAUGAUAAAGACAUACAUGAUAUUGGGCGAUUUCUCAACCGGAUUUUGGGAAUAGCUCCUGAGACUCAGAAUAGGCUAUUUGAGUUAUUUGUGAAUAUCUUGGAUCUUCUUGUUCAAAAAGCUCGGAUUGAAGGUAACCUUGACACAGGCAUUAUUGACUUGAAAGCUAAUAUCAUUAAACUGAAAGGGACUCCAAAAAAUGUCUAUGUUGAUCAAAUGAGUGGGGCUUCAACUAUUCUGUACACAUUCAUCUUGGAUCGUGGGGUUUCAUGGGAGUUGGCAAAUACCAUGCUGAAUGAGACACAAAAAGCUGGAUUUGGCUCAUCUGGUGAUGGCUUCUACAAGUCCAAGAGGGAGUGGUUGGGAAAACGUCAUGUAAUUUUAGCAUUUCAAAGUUCUGCUCCGGCUAUGUAUAAGAUAGUUCGUCCAACUACCGGAGAAUCGCCUCGGGAUAUGCAUCUGGCAGAAUUAACUAGAAAAUAUUCAAAAGUUUCAUCUUUAGAGGCGGCCAAAAUUGGUUGGGAGGACGACUAUGAAGCUUCAUCUAAACGGUGCAUGCAUGGUCCCAAGUGUAAACUUGGUAAAUUCUGUUCAGUUGGCUCAAGACUACAAGAAGUAAAUGUCUUAGGUGGUGUCAUUCUUCCUGUUUGGGGAAAAAUACAAAUGGCUCUUUCUAAGCAGGUCCGACAAAUUCAUAAGAGGUUACGCAUUGUUCGUGUUGAAACUACAUCAGAUAACAGACAUAUAGUUGGGCUUCUUGUACCUAAUGCAGCAGUUGAUACUGUGCUUGAAGGUUUACAUUGGCCUAUAGAACUGGAUGAUUGACCUGAGACACCGGACGUCUCUCUUUUUUGAAGAUCACUAGCAGUUUUUGUUUUAGGUAAAGGCUUAAGCUUGUUACUGAAUUUUGCGGAAAGGAAAGUUCAUAUCUCACUGAGAUACCACACAGUUGUUCAAUCUAUUGAUUACAUCAUCCAGUUGUUUAUAAUUCAUAGUUGUAUAUGGGGUGAUCAAUAACAUAGGAAAAUACUAUAGAUGGCUUCACUUUCACAUACGAUAUAUGAACACGAUUGUGUCAUACUCCACACAUUAUUAUUUUGUUUUAAUAUCAUAUAUGCUACGCAUUAUAACCAGAAGUAAAGUACAUAUUUCUUGUGCAA